AUGGCGACAAGAGGCGAUCGCGCCGGAAACAGCAGGCUGCUAUCGCUCCCCGACGAGCUCCUCCAAAUCAUUCUCGGCCUCGCCAAUCACCCAUCCGAUCGCCGCAACGUCGCGCUCUCCUGCUCCCGCCUCCACCGCCUCUCGCGGCGCACGCCGCACUCACUCCAGUUCGACUUCUACUCUCGACGAAGGCUCCACUCCCUCCACCUCGCCGGCCUCCCAUCCAUCCGCCCGGGCUUGCUUGCAGCCUGCAGCGCCCUGCGGUCGCUGAGUCUGGAAGGGGUGGUUGAUUCUUCUGACUCCCGGUUGCCACACAUUGUAUCAUUGGACGGCAUUGUGAGUAUGCUCGUGCGCGUGGAACGGGCAUUCCCGAGGGGGAGCGACAAGCAGUGGGGGAGGUGCGUGGAUAUUCUUAGAGAGGCAGAGGCAGCAAUGGAAGAUAAGCUAGCAGCAGCAAGAGAUGUGGUCCGUCUCAUUCAAAUAGCCAAUGAAGCCUCCGAAACCGCCCGUUCUGAAGCUCUCUCGGCGGCUCGUGUGGAGGGCGUGAGCGCCGUGCCUCGGAUCGUUGCCAGCCUCGGGAAGAUCAGGUACGGGAUUUCAGCGUGCCGGUCCUUCUGUGCCGGGGUACGUGAGGCCAAUGCGGCGAUCGAGUGGGAGCAGGCGCUUGCUGCUGCUGUUGCUGCUGCUGCUAGUGCUGCUGCUGCUGCUGCUGGUGGUGCUGGUGCCUCUAAUAUGGCUAUCGCGGAUCAUAUACCUGCUGCUGCUGCUGCUGCUAUCCAUGCAGCAGGGCCCUUUACUACGGAGCUGAAUCCUGAAGAUGAGGAGGACAGGGAUGGGGAAGAGACAGAAGCAGGAGAUGGAAGCAGGGGCAUGGAUGACAUGCUGGGUGGGGUGCGGUCUGAUGCGGUGGAGACACGUGCAGAGGGCCCCACCGUGGCUCGGCCAGUGGUGGAUGCGGCAGCAGAUGGAGGUGGGGCAGCAGAUGGAGGUGGGGCAGCUGGGGAUGUUGCAGCAGGGGGUGGGGCAGCAGGAGGUGGAGCAGCAACUUCAGGAGGAGGAGAUGGAGCAGCAGCAGCUCAUGGGGGGGCGGCAGUGCAAGGAGUGAGAGCAGGAGCGGCAGAAGCAUUGCAGCAUGUGGAAAGCACACUAGAAGGCGGAGGGCUAGGAGAGGGGGCAGCAGGAGAGGCGGCAUCUGGGGAUGCAAAACCAAGCAGCGGAAAGUCAAGCUUCAAGCAUUUUGAAGGGAGCCAAGCAGCACUAGCAGUCCCCGUGCACGUGUUGUGCCCUCCUCUGGAGUCCCUCACCCUUCAAUCCCUCUGCUUCGCCUCCAUUCCCCAUGCCCACUGCCUGCCUCCCUCCCUUUCUCCUCCUCGCAUGUACCUCUCGUCAUCCCCCUCUCCACCAUCCUCUUCAUGUCACUCAUCCUCCUCUUCCCACUCCUCCGCUUCCCGCUCCUUCUCUGCCCCGUGCCCAAGCUAUUCCUCAAUGUCCUUUGAGUCCCUUGCCCGAGCUGCAGCCUUCAGGCACCUCAAGCAUCUAGCUUUGGUGUGCUGCAUAGGGUUGAAGGAGCAGGACUGGCUGGAACUACUCGGGGCGUGCUCCAAGUUGGAGGAGCUAAGGGUGUUGCAAAAUAGCAAGAUUUCAGAUGCAGUGGUGGCGGGAAGCAGGUUGGGAACGCUCACUAGUUUGACUCUGGUGGAGUGCGAAAAGAUUACAGCAACCGGCAUUGGAGGGGUUCUUGGAAGCUUCCCUAGGUUAUGGCUCCUAACCUCUCUGGAGCUCAACUCACGCUAUGCGCGCGCGCGUCUCUCCUACGCACGGCAGCCGCCGCUCCCUCCCGUGCACCUCCUCCCCUCACUGCAGUCCCUCUCUCUCCUCUACGUUCCAUCCGACUACCUCUCCAUCCCCCGCUGCUCCUCCCUCACCUCUCUAACCCUCUGGGCACCUGAAUCCUCCACUCUCUCCUCCCUUGCCUUCUCCUCCUCCUCCUCCGUUGCGUCCUCCCCCCCAUCCACUCUCCGCACAUCUCUCAGAUCUCUCACAAUUUACUCUGCCGAACUUGAGACCUCCCUUGCAUCCCUCUCCCUCUUCCCCUCUCUCUCCUCCCUCUUCCUCCACUCCUGCACCAUCGACCCAUACGAGCUCCGCUCCCUCUCACGCUCCCUCCACUCUCUCACCCACCUCACCAUCUACUCCUGCCCACUCGUCUCCUCCCACUCCCUCGCCCCCAUCCUCCAAGCCAACCCCACUCUCUCCUCCCUCUCCCUCCACGGAACAAAUUACUGCCUGUUUGCCGCACAGCGCUUCCGUUCUCUCCUCUCGCACUCCUCCACCCAGCUCCACUCCCUCCACCUCUCUGGCCUCCCAUCCUUCCACCCAGGCUUGCUUGCAGCCUGCAGCGCCCUGCGGUCGCUCAGUCUGGAAGGGGUGGGUAUUUCUUCGGACUCUCGGUUGCCGCGCACCGUAACAUUGGACGGCCUUGUGGGUAUGCUUGUGCGCGUGGAACGGCGAGGAGGGGCAGGAGGAAAGGCAAGAGGUGGCGCAGGAGCGGAGGCAGGAGGGAAGGCAGGAGGGAGGGCAGGAGGGAAGGCAAAAGAGGAUGGUGUGGCAGACGUAUCAGAGAGAGCUGAGCCUGGUGCUCCUGCAGUAGCUGCAGAAGCACAGGUAUCCUCAAGAGGGGGCGACAAGCAGUGGGGGAGGUACGUGGAUAUUCGCAGAGAGGCAGUGGCAGCGCAGGAAGAUAAGCUUGUAGCGGUGAAGAACAUUAUCCCCCUCAUGCGCGCAGCCCAUCAAGCUACCAGAACCGCCCAUUCCGAUGCACUUUCAGCAGCGCGUGUGGAGGGUGUAAACGCCGUGCCUCGCAUCGUUGCCAGCUUCGGGAAGAUCAGGUUCGGGGUUUCGGCGUGCCGGACCUUCUGCGCUGGGGUACGUGAGGCCAAUGUGGCGAUCAAGUGGGAGGAGGCGUUGAUGCGGGCGUUUGCUGUUGCUGGUGCUUCUGGUGGUGGUGGUGGUGCUGCUGCUGCUGCUUUUGCUGCUCGUCGUCAUGCUGCAGGCUUCUUUACUACGGAGCUGAAUCUUGAAGAAGAGGAGGACGGGGAUGGGGAGGAGACAGAAGCAGGAGAUGGAAGCAGGGGCAUGGAUGGCAUGUUGAGUCAUGAUGGCCUGUCUGAGGGUGUGCUGGGUGGGGUGCGGUCUGGUGCGGUGGAGACACGUGCAGAGGGGGUGGAGAGGCUGCAUGCGUUGAUUGACGAGCUGGGGGAGCACACUAAUGCCAUGUCUGCUAGCUUCAAUUCCAUGCGUCCACUCACCCCCACCCUGCCUUGGCCAUUGAUUGAUGCGGCAUCAGCAGGAGGUGGGGCAGCAGGAGGUGGGGCAGCAAUACCAGGAGGAGGAGAAGGGGGAGCAACAGCGCAUGGGGUGGCAGCAGUGCGUGAGGGAAGAGCAGCAGUGCAUGGAGCGAGAGGAGGGGCAGCAGAAGCAUCGCCGCGAGUGGAAAGCACACCAGAAGACAGUGAGCUGGGAGAGGCGGCUGCAGGAGAAGCAGCAGCAGGGGAAGCAGCAGCAGGGAAUGCGGCAGCAGGGGAGACAGCACCAGGGGACGCAAAACCAAGCAGUGGAAAGUCAAGCUUCAGGCAUUCUGAAGGGAGCAAAGCAGCAGCAGCAGUCCCCGUGCAAGUGUACUGCCCUCCUCUGGAGUCUCUGACCCUCCGAUCCCUCCGCUUCGCCUCCCCGCCCCAUGUCCCCUGGCUGCCUCCCUCCCUUUCUUCCGAGUCUCCCCGCAUGUACCUCUCCUCCUCCCCCGCCUCACCACCGUCCUCUUCAUGUCACUCAUCCUCCUCCUCUUCCCGCUCCUCCUCUGCCUCGUGCCCAAGCGGUCACCCAAUGUCCUUUGAGUCUCUUGCCCGAGCUGCAGCCUUCAGGCACCUCAAGCACCUCGCCUUGGAGUGCUGCGUAGGGUUGAGGGAGCAGGAGUGGCUGGUACUCUUCGCAGCGUGCUCCAAGUUGGAGGAGCUAAGGGUCUGUGUCUUCUGGAGGCUUCCAGACUCGCUAUUUCGCAGUCAGCUCGAGAUGGCGGAAGACAGAGAAGGCGCCGACAAUAGCUGGCUGUUAUCUCUUCCCGACGAUCUCCUCAAGAUCAUUCUCGGCCUCGCGGAUCACCCAUCCGAUCGCUGCAGCGUCGCGCUCUCCUGCGCCCGCCUCCGCCGCCUAUCGCGGCGUACGCCGCAUGCGCUCCGACUCGAGGCUCUUGGCUUCAUUGGAGCUAAAAUUCUUUUCUGCGCACUCGAGUCUCUCCCACACACAGCAGCCGCCACCCCCCCCACGUGCACCUAUUCCCCUCACUGCAGUCCCUCUCUCUCCUCUACGUUCCCUCGGACUUACUCCCCAUUACCCGCUGCUCCUCCCUCAGCUCCCUCACCCUCGAGAGGCUCCCUCGCAUCCCUCGCCUUCUUCCCCUCCCUCGCCUCCCUCUCCCUCCACACCUGCACCAUCGACCCUUAUGAACUUUCCUUCCUCUCACGCUCCCUCCACAAGCUCACCCACAUCACAAUCCACUCCUGCCCGCUCAUCUCCUCCCGCUCCCUCAUCCCCAUCCUCCAAGCCAACCCCGCUCUCUCCUCCCUCUCCCUCCACGGGACAACCUACCGUCUCUUCGGAGCACAGGGCUUCCGCUCUCUCCUCUCGCACUCCUCCUCCCAGCUCCGCUCCCUCCACCUUGCUGGCCUCCCAUCCUUCCGUCCGGGCUUGCUUGCAGCCUGCAAUGCCUUGCGGUCGCUCAGCCUGGAAGAUAUUGCUGAAUCCUCUGACUCCAUUGUGCCGCGCUCUUUAUCAUUGGACGGCAUUGCGGCAAUGCUCGUGCGGGUGGAGCAAAUAGGAGGAGGGGCAGGAGGGGAAGCAGGAGGGGAGGCAGGAGGGGACGGAGGAGUGGAAGAGUGGGAGAGAGGACGAACUAGAGCUUCUGCAGCAGCUGCUGAGGCGCUGGUAUCACCGAGGGGAAGCAAAAAGCACUUGGGAAAGUACUUGGACGUUCGCACAGAGGCAGAGGCAGCACGGGCUGACAAGUCCGCUGCAAUGAGAGAGGUAGCUGAUUUUUUCAGCAUUGCUAAGCAAGCCUGUAAUGCCGCUUUUUCCGAGGCUGCUGAGUUGGCGCGAGCAGAGGGCGACAGUGCUGUGGCUCGGAUUGCCGCCCGCCUCGUGAAUAUGAGGUUUGGGAUCUCAGUGUGCCAAUCCUUCUCUGCGGCGAUCCGCGAGUGCAGAGCAGCCGUGGAGUGGGAGGAAAAGCUGAUGCGCUCAUUUGACGCUGCUGGCCGGGCGGCAGGGUUCUUUGCCCCGGAGAUGGAUGUUGGAGAAGAGGAGGGGGAUGGGGAUGGGGACGAGGAAGAAGGAGAUGAAUCUAUGGAUGUCAUGUUGCAUGAUGAAGCCUUGCUCGAGAGUGAGUUGGGUGGAGUGCGGAUUGGUGCAGUGGAGGCACGUUCAGAGGCCCUGAACAGGCUGAAGUCAUCAAUAGGGAAGUUCAAGGAAGCCUCGCUUGCCAUGUGUGCCGACAUACAGGGCAUUCGCCAUCUCAUUUUUGAUACCAGCUCUGCUCCUGUAGCAUUGGGGGCCGAUUCCCAAUGUCCUUUCAUUCCAUUGCUAGAGUGGCGGUUUUUGGACAGCUCAAGCGCCUUGCACUGUUAA